GCCCGUGGGGCGUCGUGAGGCGAUCUCGCGCGAGGUGGCUGGGCGCGCGCGGUGGCCGUUAGCCGGCCAUGGCGGACAGCCAGCGGCGGCAGCGCGGAGGGGCCCGGCGCAGCGGGCGUUACCUGACGCGACUCGCGGUGAAGACUGUACCUGAUUCAGGAAAGAAGAAUAAUUCUGGCAGAAGCACCACAGUGAAGCAGCGACCAACUGUGUUCCCUGAUUUUGACAACGACACGCCACGGACUAUUAUCAAGAGACUCAUCAAGACCUUACCAGAAGUUUCACCUCUAGUACCUCAAAUAUCUAAACAUGAAGAAACAAAAGAAGCUCAGUCAGAACUCCCAUCGAAAAGGAUUUCCAACACGGUGGAAAUGCAACUGCCAGACUUUGUUCCUGAGGACACAUAUAUCCCCACAUUCCAUAUGAAUAAGAAGAGAAAGAAAGUCAGCAUUUCUGAAUUUGAGAGAGCAGCAGACAGACGACUUCCCAAGAAAAAAGCUCAGUCAACGUUGGACAGCAUUAUUUUGGCUCGAUCUCUUCACAUGUCUCUUGGUUCCUUGAGCCCAUCAGGCUCUGUUGAAAAGAGAGGCUUGCUCCGGAGGCCAAAACAUCGCAAAGCUAUUGACAUGGAAGCUUUUGAAAGCGGAGUGGAAAAGAACAUGCUGAAGAGAAAAGCAGAGGACUAUCUUGUGGACUCAAAAACAGCAUCUGGGAUUCAAACAGCUAUGCAGACAAGUGAUGCAGAAAUCGUGCUGAGUAACACGGAGCUCUUUCUUCAGCCUCAGUUUGAUGAACAGAGCCAAAAUAAGCUUUCUCCUCUUGAACCACAGCUAUCAGGUUCAAAAACUUCAGCACAGAGAAGCAAGAUUUCUGAUGCAGCUCAAGAGGAAGCAGGGCUGGUGCACCUGGUAUCCAGAGUGGGCACAAAUGAGAGAAGAUAUUCUGAGGGCUUAAUCUCCAAUCGUGAGCAUUUUGAUACUCGUGUAUCUCCAAAAACACCUGCAAAACAGCCAGAAGGUAUGCAAGAUCAUUCCCAGCAGAGUAACGCAAUGGAACAGCUUCCUGUUUUAGAAGAGGUGGUGGUUGGCGAACAUGAGAUUGCCAAAGGUGUUGGGGCUGGAAGUCUGAGCAGGCAUGCUCAUGCUUUUUCCUCCUUUGAAAAAUCUGGGAUGAAGCCAUUAAAGGAAGAUGUUGAACAAGCAGAUGAACUAGACCACCAGCCAAUCAUGGUAGAAUUGGAUGGUCUGGAAGAAGAGCCUACUGAGGAUGAAGCUGAAGACCCUGGGAGUGAAGAGGUUUCCAUGAAGACACCCGAGUUUGUCCGUGCUGCAGCCUGCAAGCCACUGCUGUCAACUCCACGUCCUGCAAAGCUCACUGUUUGUAAGUCUCCUCUGCAGCCAGUGCGGGCUAAGCCAGUUCCAAAGAGCUCAGGAGUGCCACGGAGGAAAAGUAGUGAGCCUGAAGUAGCAAGUAGCUUGAUAAAAAAGAUAUUUAGCCAUUAUGCGAAAAUGCCCGUGUCCAGAGACGCGUUCAGAAUCGUUGAAAAAAGCUGCAGUAGAUACUUCAAACAGCUAUGCAAUGAUCUGGAAGCUUACGCCAACCACGCAAGGAGGAAGACGGUGGAGUGGGCUGACCUGGAAGUCCUCAUGAGAAGGCAAGGGCUGGUGACAGACAAGAUGCCGUUGAAUGUGCUGAUAGAGCGUUACCUCCCGUGGGAGUACAGGAAGCUCCUGAUCCCGGUUGCUGUGAGUGGAAAUAGAGUGAUCCCCAGCCGUGGUGGCCCCGGGGCUGGGAGCACGGGCUGCUCCCAGAGGCGGGCUCUAGGCAGUUCCCUCUAGCUGCUCCCUGCACUGGUUUUCCACCAGUAACUAGUGGGGCAGCAGGCGGUCGACGGCAUCAGUUCAAGAGAACGGUUGUGCUGUGGCUGCCACGCCAGCCUGCUGGAUCUCACCAGCUGUUAGUACGUGUAAUCUGACUAUCCUGAAUUUUUAGUUACCUUUGAAUACUUGUGCAGCUCUGAUAAAUAAAAUAUUGCAUAUA